CCCGGUAACAGUCUUAGCGUGCUGUAGUGGUCUGAGCACAGCUCACAGGCAGAAGGCAUGACCACAGUGUGCUGGAGCAGCCCACAUCCUCUCAUGUAGCCCACCGCAGCGAUCGCAAACUCACGCACACAUGCACUUACACACCAAGACAAGCUCAGUUGCUCUUCAGGGACACUAAGAGAUUACCAGAGCUAAGAAGAUUUGACUUUUGAGGCUUGUUUUUUUUUUUUUUUUUUUAAUUUUCUUUACUACAUUUUUUUUUUUUUUUUUUUUUUGGUUUUGUUUUGUUUUUUACUGUUACCACCCACCCUUUGCUGGGUUCAGGGGUGGUGGCACAUCCUCAAAAGGGCUGCAUGAAUGACACAACGCAAAGGCGAGAAGACGACCAUCAGCAUCCAGGAGCACAUGGCCAUUGAUGUAUGUCCAGGUCCCAUUCAGCCCAUCAAGCAGAUAUCUGACUAUUUCCCCCGUUACCCGCGGGGUCUCCCCCCCACAGCUCCCCCGGCCCUCAGCCGCGCCGGCUCCCUGCGGAGCACCUCUACCAGCCAGAAAUCGGAGGGCCCGGCCGCGGACCCCAAACGGGAUGAGGACGACCUGGACCAAGCCUUCGGCGCCACCGCACUCGUGGCCAGCAAGAAAGAGGAAGAGCCGGACGUGGAAGGAUAUGAUUCGGACGACUCCACUACGCUUGGCACUCUGGACUUCAGCCUUCUGUAUGAUCAGGAGAACAAUGCCCUGCACUGCACUAUCAACAAAGCCAAGGGACUCAAACCAAUGGAUCACAAUGGGCUGUCAGAUCCCUAUGUUAAGCUGCACCUGCUGCCUGGAGCUAGUAAGGCCAAUAAGCUCCGCACAAAGACCCUACGCAACACCCUCCACCCCGUCUGGAGCGAGACCCUAACGUAUUAUGGGAUAACUGAUGAAGAUAUGGUUCGCAAAACACUCAGGAUUUCAGUGUGUGACGAGGACAAAUUCCGCCACAACGAAUUCAUUGGUGAAACCCGAAUCCCCUUGAAGAAACUCAAACCCAACCAGACUAAGAACUUCAGCAACUGUUUGGAAAAGCAACUUCCUAUCGACAAGACAGAUGACAAGUCUCUGGAGGAGCGAGGGCGCAUCAUGAUCUCUCUGAAGUACAGCUCUCAGAAGUGUGGCUUAGUUGUGGGCAUCAUCCGCUGUGCUCAUCUCGCUGCCAUGGAUGCCAAUGGCUUCUCUGACCCCUAUGUUAAAACGUAUCUCAAGCCAGAUGAGAACAAAAAAUCAAAGCACAAGACAGCUGUCAAAAAGAAGACCCUCAACCCUGAAUUCAAUGAGGAGUUUUUCUAUGAGAUCAAGUACGCUGACCUCAGCAAAAAGACCCUGGAGGUGACCGUUUGGGACUAUGACAUUGGCAAAUCCAAUGAUUUCAUUGGUGGAGUCUCUUUAGGUAUAAAUGCCAAUGGCGAGAGGCUAAAACACUGGUUUGACUGUCUGAAAAACAAGGACAAGAAAAUCGAGCGCUGGCACACGUUAACCAAUGAACUCCCCGGUUCAGGAUACAACGAAUGAAGAGGCUCUCUUUCCGGUGGAUACCCCGAUGCCCGCCCCUUUCCUCCAUGAUGUCCAUGUAAAGCCCAGCAGCCUGUGAUGGAUGGAUCAACACUCCAACAGUUCACUGAUUUAGAGAUGGGUGCCAGUAUCUGUUCCCACAUAACACACCUGCUCUAUCUCUUGUACUUUUUCUGGUGUUGAGCUUGCAGUCUGAUUGUGUGGCUUGAUGUGGCUUUUGGGCUUAUAUAAGGGUCUUUAAUCAGCCUGUGCUUGUACAACCUCACUGAAAAUGGAGAGAUGUUGUUCCGACAGCCAACAAGAGAUCAGUUCCUGUUUUCAAAUAUUUACCCACACUGCUCUCUUUCACCGAUCUCUUGAGGUUUUAUGUGUAUUCAAGAAUCCUGUUUACAGAAAUUAGCUGUCAGUAAAUGUAUUGUUACGCGUGUGCAUCAUGGCAGCAAAGGGGCUCUAUAAAAUAAACUUUUCAAAACAAUAUUGUUUACAGUCCAAAACCUUUCUUAAGGCCAGGGUAUAAACUACACAAUUGUAUUUUACAGACAGAUGAUUGUGAAGAUUAUAUCGGUUAAAGAAUAUAAACUCCCAACAAAUUUGUUACCUGCCCAUUCUCCUAGUUUGUCUACUUAAUGAAUGUAAUUUACUUUUUAGUUUCAGUAAUCCCACUGAGAAUGAACAUCGACAUUAAGACAGCACACAGCAGAGUUUCAAUAGCCAUUUUUCUAGAGAGAAAACAGUUUACGUGAGAACACACACAAAUGCUGAAAAUGCUCUAUUCUAGAAAUGAAUAGUAGGGAUUGAUUACAGAUUUUUUUUAAUUAAAUACUGUGCCCAAGCCAAAUUCAUAUACUGCAUUAACAUCUUUUACUCUAGGAAAAAAAAAAAAAAGAAAGAAAAAAAUGUGUCUGUAAAUCCAAAAAAACAUUGGACUGGACAAACUAUUGUUUUGAGAUUUAUUAAUAGCAUGUUUAUCUUAUUCUUCCUUUGAGCAUUUUAAAGAUUGCUAAAUAUAUUUUUUUAAAUACUAUGUAAUUUAACUUGUUUAUUUUAAUUUUGUGGCAUUAAAUUAUAACUAGAUUAUUAUUUUACCUUUAUGUGUUAUUACAUAUUUAGCAUGCCGCCUGUGGGUAUCUUAGAUAUUAUUACCGUAUAUUUAAGUUGUUUUUUUUUUCCCCCUCAUUAAGAGAUUUUAUUUAUUAAGGUAAACUCUAGAUAAGACUUCAGAUUUAUUAAACACCGAAAUUCCAAGCAGAACUGUCUACAGCCCUACCAUGUAUGUUCACCAACUGAGAAACCUUCUCUCUAUGACAGUUCAUUGUGCAAGCCACUCCUGUGACAUUUUUGUAAUCUUUUUGCUUUUGUACACAAACUCUGUGGCAUAAAAAUGCAUGCAAUGUUCUUGGGCUGUCAUUAAAAUAACUUUGCUUAAUGUUUGAUACUGCUGUUCUCCUCUGUAAAAAGAGUUCUUGCUCUUGGAUGCUAAAGGAAUGUCAGCCUUCCUUCUCGGACCGUUUUUGUACUUUUGAACGCUAUCGCAUUGCCCGUCAGUUAGCUCUAUUGACUGGACAUGUGACUGCAUGUUACAAAAAAAAAUAAAUCUUGUCUUGUUUUGAUCAUUUUAACUCUCAGGCAAUUGUUUGCAUAUUAUAGUGGUUCUCUGAUGAAGUCGAUAUAUUUCUUCUCCUGGUUCACCUUAAUCUUGCAUCGAAUGGCCGAAUUAUCGUGCCUUUUCUUUUGUAACAGUGUGUUUUUGCACCACUCACUUUACAGAGAUUGAAAUUAGCUUUUAAUAUGGAAACGAUACAUAUGGCAUAGUUAUAUUCUCGUCUGUGUUAUGCUGUUAAAACAUUGUCUCUUUGAAUAUGCCUCUUAAAGACACAUCAUGGGUGUCCUUUCACUGUGUGGCAUGGGUGCGAGGCUGAGAGGCUGAGGUGGAGGACGCUUGUAUAACUUCAGAUUCUGGCAUCUGGUAGUGUUAAACAUUCAGACUGAAAAAAUAAACCUACUCUGUUUUUCUGCCUCACUCACUGUACAUCUUAAAUUGCUUGUGCGUUCUUUGUUCAUUUAAAUGUUUAUUUAAACCACAUUGUAAGACCUUUAACACGUUGUGUUUUGUUCUUCAUGUUCAUUUUUGUGCACAUCAUGUUUAUAUUGUCAAAAGUCACCUGAAGUGAAAAUAUCACAUAUAGUGAACCACUGAAAGCAUUAAGGGUUUAAUUAUGUCAUUAUCAAGUGCUGUCAGACACCAGAAUCUGUUGUUUACUUUCAUUUUUGUCUCAUUUCGAAACUGUUCAAGUAUUAUAUCUAGAGUGUGUUUUUUACUAUGGCGAAUGAUAUUUGCAAUCUACAUGUUCAGAACUGGAAACCCAUAUCAAAUAAAGUAGAAAAAUAAAAUGAGUUCA